AUGGCGGACACAUCGAACGAUUCGAAGCUGGGCAGAUACCUCGCCGUGGGUGUAGCGGCGGCGGGUGCGGCGUGCGCCGCAACCUCGCUCUACUGGAAUCUGCACUUCAGGGGAACCUCGUGGCUCAUCGGGUCCUUCGAUCUGGGACCGUCGCUCUACGGGAUGUCGUCCGCGCCGUCGACGCCCGCCGCUGGAAAAGGUGGCAAGAAAGGCAAGAAGAAGAAGAAGGGCGGGAGCUCCGGGCACCUCAACGGCAUGGAUACCAGGGAACCGAGCACCGCCAGCACGGGCCCGAGCGCGGGCGGUGGACCGGCCGUGUACGAGACGAAGCGCGCGGUGAACGAGUACCUGCAGUUUCACUUUGGCGAUCCAAACGACGUGCUGCCGUACAGGGACGGCCCCCACGACGCGCUCAGGUUCACGCAGAGGUGCGCGGACCUGUGCGCCAAGCACACGAAGAGUGUUAAGACGAGCAGGACGGAGCCCGCGGGCCUGGCGCUCGACAUCGGGUGCGCCGUGGGCGGCGCAACCUUCGAGCUCGCCAAGCACUUUGCCAUAGUGGAGGGCCUCGACUACUCCAGAGCCUUCAUCACCGCCGCGCGACUCAUGAAGGAGAGGGGCUCGCUGCGGUACACGUGCUUCCGGGAAGGCGAGGUGACGCGUAAACUGACGGGCGCCGUCAACGACCGCGUCGACCGCGCGAGGGUCUCGUUCCGCGAGGGCGACGCGUGCGUGCUCCCCCGGUCCCUGCUCGGCGGCGGCGGGUCGGGCUCCGACUUUGACGCGUUUGGCCGCCACGACGCCGUGCUCGCCGCCAACCUCCUGUGCCGACUGCCGGACCCGGCCGCGUUCCUGGCCCAGUGCGCGAGGCUGCUGCGGCCGGGGGGCGUGCUCGUGCUCGUCUCGCCGUACUCGUGGCUCGAGGCGUGGACGCCCAAGGACAGGUGGCUGGGCGGGUAUUACGAGUCCGCAUCCGCAUCCGAAGACGGCGGCUCGGCGGAGGGAUCCGGGUCGGCGUCUCCCGCGCCCAACGCCCCGUACCGGCGGUCUUUCGACGCGAUCGAGGCGGCGCUCACGUCCGCGGAAGGGGGGUUCGAUCUGGUGGAGCAGAGCGACCUUCCUUUCCUGAUAAAGGAGCACGACAGGAAGUUCCAGUGGGGGGUCUCCCACUGCACGGUUUGGCGCAGGAGACGGGUGCCGAACGCGUAA